AUCUAGGAUACAAAUAUGCUAUUUACAAUUGGAAGAUUGGUUAUUGGUCAGAAUGGCAUUUUAUCCACUCCUGCUGUUUCAUGUAUUAUCCGAAAGAUCAAAGCAGCUGGUGGAAUUAUUCUAACAGCAAGUCACAGCCCUGGAGGACCUGGAGGAGAAUUUGGAGUCAAGUUUAAUGUUUCCAAUGGAGGACCUGCCCCAGAUGUUGUUUCAGAUAAAAUUUAUCAGAUCAGCAAAACCCUGGAGGAAUAUACCAUUUGUCCUGAUCUCAGAGUUGACUUAACUCGACUAGGAAGACAAGAAUUUGAUCUAGAAAACAAAUUCAAACCUUUCCGAGNGGAAAUAGUAGAUUCAGUGGAUAUCUAUCUCAGUCUGCUUCGAAAUAUCUUUGACUUUAACGCAAUCAGAAGCUUGCUGACUGGACCCAGUCAACUUAAGAUAAGGAUUGACGCUAUGAAUGGAGUAAUGGGACCCUAUGUGAGGAAAAUCCUGUGUGAUGAAUUAGGAGCACCUGCAAAUUCUGCAAUAAACUGUAUUCCUCUGGAGGAUUUUGGUGGGCAUCCUCCUGACCCAAACUUAACAUAUGCAACUACCUUGCUGGAGGCUAUGAGAGGAGGGGAAUAUGGAUUUGGAGCUGCCUUUGACGCAGAUGGAGACCGCUACAUGAUCCUAGGCCAGAAUGGUUUCUUCGUGAAUGCUUCUGAUUCACUGGCCAUUAUUGCUGCCAAUCUCUCUUGCAUUCCAUAUUUUCGUCAGAUGGGUGUCCGAGGAUUUGGAAGGAGCAUGCCCACUAGUACAGCACUGGACAAGGUGGCAAAGUCAAUGAAAGUCCCUGUGUAUGAAACACCAACAGGAUGGAGAUUCUUCUCAAGCCUGAUGGAUUCUGGACGAUGCUCACUUUGUGGAGAAGAAAGCUUUGGCACUGGAUCUGACCACAUUCGAGAGAAGGAUGGACUCUGGGCUGUGCUAGUGUGGCUUUCAAUCCUCGCUGCUCGAAAGCAGAGUGUGGAAGAGAUUGUCAGAGACCACUGGACAAAAUUUGGUCGCCACUACUAUUGCAGAUUUGAUUAUGAAGCAUUGGAUCCCAGAACAGCAUAUUUCAUAAUGAGAGAUCUGGAAGCUUUGAUCACUGACAAGUCAUUCAGUCAUCAGCAGUUUGCUGUUGGGAACAAUAUCUACAGUGUGGAAAAAACAGACAGCUUUGAAUAUAUGGAUCCUGUAGAUGGCACUGUGACCAAAAGACAGGGGCUGCGAAUUAUUUUCUCAGAUGCUUCCAGGCUCACCUUCAGACUCAGUGCAUCUAGUAGUGUGCGAGGUACCAUCAGGAUCUAUGCGGAAAGCUAUGAGAAGGAUCCCAGCAAACAUGACAAGGAGCCACAGGCUGUGCUGAGUCCUCUCAUAGCAAUCGCACUGAAAAUAUCUCAGAUCCAUGAAAGGACGGGACGUAAGGGACCGACCGUCAUCACCUGAACUCACAAAGCAUCAUUAACCCAGGGCCAAAAGAGAAAGGGCAAGGAAGAGGGAUAACCUUGCUGAAACAUGUUAACUGUUUGUGCCUUGUAUGACUUAAAAUGUUUUAGGAAAUGGGAGAGGGGUGGGAAUAAAAAUUCAAUAUAAUUUUGAUCAUAUUCAGAUGCAUUGAUCUCCAAAGAUAAUAUUGUAUUGACUUCUAUAUUAUAGCAGCCAUAUCUUUCUUUGAAACAAAAAUAACCAAAGAAGAAGCCCCCAGCCUUUGAACUAGUAUGACAGAAAGGGUUGACUUUCUGUAUUGUCUUUAUCCUUUGAGUGAGAAGGGUAAGAAUGAUUUUGAGCUAGGCAGAUGAGGAAAGGGAUUACAAUACAGGCAUGUGUUUGGUGAAUGUCAUUUGUAGUUCUUGUCACCUCUUGCUGGUCUGCAAAGAAAUCUUUAGGCUGUCUGAGUUCCAGGGGCAGUAUAUUGAGCUUUCCAGAGGAUGCAUUUUCUAACUUUGUUCCACUUUUUCCUUACCUAUCUAUAACCUGGCUCACAAAUUAACACUGAUAGCAAUGCUGUGUAUAUACCUGCAUACUCUCUCAGUGAAAGGUGCCAUUGCUUUCCUUAAUUUCUGUUUGGAACUGUAUCAGUGUGACUUAUGUCUCUCACUAGACUUUCCUGAAUUUAAGUCUUUUCUUUUUAAGGAGAGUAAUUAUUGUUUUGGAAGUCAAAAUAGGUUGAAGAAGUCUCCUUCUGUUAAUAUGUUAGUCAUGGGAGCCUCUGCUGCCUUUUGCAAUAUUUCUCAUGAUUGCGUGCAUAUCAUAGCAGUGCUCACUGUGCUUUGAGGGAAAUUGCUACAAGUUUAGUAUAUUUCUCAUAAAUGGAUUAUCAUGGAAAUGUUAUAAAGGUUUUGAAAUCCAUUUCAUGGGAUAUUCACUCAUGUUCCACUUAUCAGGAAUAGGUAUCUAAUGAAGAGGUAAUAAAAACAAACAUUAAUUAAUUAAAUGAAAAUACAUGACUAACCUUGUUGGGCUCAGAUUCCAUUAUAUUUGUUGUGACAGAAGCUCAUGGAAUAAAGAGUUGUGAAGGGGAAUAGGAGGAGAAAGACCCAGCACAAAGCAGAGAAGUAGGCAUAGACUUGUGCUUUUACUGCUUGUGAAAUUACACUGCAGCUCUCACCACGGUAUCUGGCUUUGUUCUGAACAAGAACACAAACACUUUGUGCAUGUGACUUGUUUGAAUGUUUUGCUUCCUUGGGAACAGAGUGUGAUCACUUGUCAUACAUAACAUUUGUCAAAGGCUUAGUGCAAUUUGACUCUUUGCAGCAUGUUAUCUCAUUGUGAUUGUCGAUAUUUUAAUGCAAUUUAGAUUAUGUUGCAGUGAAGGAAAUUGUUUUGGUCUCUUUCAGCACUUCUGUCAAAAAUUGCUCUGACAUUUAGUAUCUAAUAAAGUGGAAUGCCAGA